AUGGCGGCUGCUCUGACAGCCGGGACCCCGGGAUUCUUGUCUCUUCCCUGCGUAGUGACUGUGCCCUGGCCUGAAGCCCUCUCUAGGGAGCUCUGCAUCCGCAGCGCUGGUCUCUUCCAGAUUGGACCACUGACAUUUAGGGAUGUGACUGUGCAAUUCUCUCUAGAGGAGUGGCAAUGCCUGGACACUGUUCAGCAGAAUUUAUAUAGGGAUGUGAUGUUAGAGAACUACAGAAACCUGGUCUUCCUGGGUAUUGCUGUCUCUAAGCUAGACCUGAUCACCUGUCUGGAGAAAGGAAAAGAGCCCUGGAAUAUGAAGAGACAUGAGGUGGUAGCCAAACCCCCAGUCAUUUUCCUUCAAGUUUACAGUGAGAGCCAAAGUCCUCUUCAUGGGAUAUAA